AUGCAGGUAUCCAUUGGUACACACAAUCUGGGUGUGGUCGAAGCUUCAGUGGCCGACACUGCAGACUAUGACCUCAUCCUGGGGUUCACUGAGCUACGGAGGCUCAAACCCACCAUACAAUGGGAUACGGGCCAGCUGGAGUUCAAGACUCAGGAGCAGGACCGACCCCCUAGGAGACCCCCUGAAGCAGCAAGAGCAGGGGACCUAACCAUGAGGAGACCAACCCUUCAUGGUAACGAGUUUGUCUCAGCAGAGCGCAUACUACGAGCAGCUCUGGAAGAUGGACCCAUAGGGUUCAUGCUGUUAGAGGAGCCACCAUCAUCACUCCCAGCCUUUGGGUUUGUACCUACAGGCGCAGACAAAGGAGUCGAGAUGGAGGUGGAGGUAGACAAGGUGGUGACGGCUGCAGACAUACCAAAGCCAUACCAACACCUGCGAGAUGUGUUUGAUGAGGUGGAAGCAGACAAGCUGCCCCAUCAUACCGAGCAUGAUCUCCACCUCGAGUUGAUAGAAGGAGGGAAGCCACCUCAAGGGCCCCUAUACCUUAAGGGACCCAAGGAGAUGUCCGAGUUGAGGAGAUACUUGGAUGAGAACCUCGAGAAGGGGUUCAUAAGACCAUCGAAGAGCCCGGCACGAUCACCAGUGCUCUUCGUACCAAAGAAGGAUGGAGGUCUCAGACUCUGUGUGGACUACAGAGGUCUCAACGAGAUCACUGUCAAGAACAGGGCACCAUUGCCCCUCAUCGAGGAGCAGCUGUUCUUACUCAGGAAGGCAAGGAUCUAUACCAAGCUAGACCUUAGAGCAGCAUACAACCUCAUCCGGAUUGCUAAAGGAGAUGAAUGGAAGACAGCUUUUGGCACUCAGUUGGGACUCUAUGAGUACCUAGUGAUGCCCUUUGGCCUAGCCAAUGCUCCGGCUCACUUCCAGUCAUUCAUCAAUGACAUCUUCCGAGACAUCAUUGGAGUAUAUGUAGUGGUAUACUUAGAUGACUUCCUGAUCUUCAGUGACACUGAAGAGGUACAUGUGAAGCAUGUCACCGAGGUCCUCACUCGUUUAAGGAGCAACAGGCUCUUUGCUAAGCUGUCGAAGUGUGAGUUCCACACCAAGACAGUCGAGUUCCUGGGGUACAUCAUCAAGCCAACGGGCAUAGAGAUGGACCCAGAAAAGGUGCGCACUGUCAAGGAGUGGCCAAUGCCAGAGUCAAUCCAUGACAUCCAGAGGUUCCUGGGUUUUGCCAACUUCUAUCGAAGGUUCAUAGCCCACUUUGCUCGCAUAGCCAAGCCCUUGACAGCACUGGUAAAGCCUAUAGAACGGUUCAAGAAGCUCGAGCUACCAGAGGAGGCCCAACAGGCCUUCCACAAGCUCAUCCAGGCCUUCACAUCAGCAGGAGUGCUUCAGCACUUCGACUACCACCUCCCAACAAGGUUGGAGACUGAUGCAAGUGACUUUGCUAUAGCAGGAGUGCUCAAGCAGGAGCAUGAAGGACGAUGGCAUCCAGUGGCCUUCUACUCUAGGAAGAUGUCUUCUGCCGAGAAGAACUAUGAGAUCCAUGAUAAGGAGCUCCUAGCUGUGGUCGCCUGCCUCACUCAGUGGCGACACAUGCUAGCUGGACUACCGAACCAACUGGUCAUCCUCACUGACCAUGAAGCCCUCAAGUACUUCAAGUCACAGAGACGCAUCACAGGUCGACAGGCUCGAUGGGCCAUACUACUAGCAGACUUCGACUUCAUAUUGCAGUAUCGACCAGGAGACAAAGGUGGUGAACCCGAUGCUCUCACCAGAAGGACAGACAUGCAACCAGCUGGUGAAGAGCAGGAUCACAAUGUGAGGCAACUACUGCCUCCUCGAGUAUUCAAGGAGACAGCAGACCAUGACUCGACCCUAGUGGCCCCUAUGCUCUCGAUGGAGUCCAUAGCAUCAAAAGGUCUCAAAGACCUGGUCAAGAUCUUCCAGCCCUUAGACCAAGAGCUACAGGAGAUACAUAGGAAGAAGCCCUUCGAACUCAAGGACGACCUAUGGUACAGUGGAGGAAGGUUGGUUAUCCCCAAAGUAAUCAUGCCAGGGAGGACCAACAACUGA